UCUUCUCCUCUCCCCACGACUCCUCCUACCUUCUCCAAUCCCUCGAUUCUUUCGCGGGGGACUCUCAUCACCAAGUCCUGUUCGGGAUUAUCCUGGUUCACGGAGGUUUCAUCUCGUAGUUUUUCUGGGUUGGAGGUUGUGGAAUUGAUCGGGAAUAGCUGACGGGGCCAAGAGAAUAUAUCGGAUUCCGAGGAUUAUUCGCAGUCGGACAAGCUUGAUAUUCACAUGGACUGUCAGAUGAAUACUGUUUUUUCGGAUAAAUCAUUGUGCAAGAACAGAAAAUCGGAUCCAAUUCCAAAGUAUAAUGGCGAUACAAUGACAAGUCUAGAUCAUGGUACUGGACCUGUCCAGUAUCCCAUUUCCAGCCUAUACCCAAGCCCAAGCCAAAUACCCGUUGCAAAUCUAGAAGCAACACCAGAGAAAGGGGAGAAAGCACUAAGCAACAAGAAAAGAUCUGAUCCAGUCACCAAAGAUGGUACUGCUUUGACAUCAGGGGACUCAUGUCCAUUGUCAAGCCACCAACCAAACCCCUACCAUAGUCUGGAAAUAACAAUGAAAUCAGAGACAUCAUCCACCUCAAUAUCUACCUCGACGACAACAUCAUGCAUGAAGUCAAGUGACGCAAAUAUCAGCAAUUCAUGUACCUCUGUAAGCCGAGACAGCACUGGUAGUGCCCACAGUGACAGCUUAAACAGUUCCACUACAGCAUCCAUCAAGCGGCACACUGGGAGUGAUUCUCGUUGGAAGGCCAUUCAGCUAGUUAAUUCCGAAGAUCCCCCUCUUGGCCUGAACCAUUUCAAGCUCCUCAAGCGCCUUGGUUAUGGAGACAUUGGCAGUGUUUAUCUUGUUGAGCUCAAGGACACUAGCACCUAUUUUGCCAUGAAGGUUAUGGACAAAGUCUCACUUGUUAGUAGGAAUAAGCUAAUCCGGGCACAAACUGAAAGGGAAAUUCUUGGCCUCCUUGAUCAUCCAUUUCUACCAACUUUAUAUUCCCAUUUUGAGACUGACAAGUUUUAUUGCUUGGUCAUGGAGUAUUGCAGUGGAGGUAAUCUACACUCUCUCCGGCAGAAGCAGCGUAACAAGUAUUUCAGUGAGCAGGCUGCACGUUUUUAUGCUUCUGAGGUGUUGCUUGCACUCGAGUACUUGCACAUGCUUGGUGUUAUAUAUAGGGACCUGAAGCCAGAAAAUGUUCUUGUUAGAGAAGAGGGCCAUAUUAUGCUAUCCGACUUUGACCUGUCGCUGCGGUGCUCUGUCAACCCAACACUAGUCAAGUCCUCAUCCAACCAUUCUCUCAUUGGCGAAAGCAUGCUGGACAGUGAGCAUGCAGUGCAGGGCUGUGUCCAACCAACUGCAUUCUUUCCCCGCAUACUUCCUAAGAGGAACCGGAAAACCAAAUCAGACUUUGGCCUUGACAAAGAGGCCCUCCCAGAACUAAUGGCAGAGCCAACAAAUGCACGUUCGAUGUCAUUUGUUGGGACUCAUGAGUAUCUGGCCCCUGAGAUCAUCCAAGGACAGGGCCAUGGCAGUGCAGUUGACUGGUGGACGCUUGGCAUCUUUUUGUAUGAGCUAAUGUUCGGAACAACACCUUUCAAGGGGUCAGGAAAUCGAGAUACACUUGCAAAUGUAGUAGGCCGGCCAUUGAGGUUCCCAGAGAUGCCAGUGGUGAGUUCAGCUGCCCGAGACCUCGUUCGCAGCCUCCUGGUGAAGGACCCAGAGAAAAGGAUUGCAUACCGAAGAGGCGCCACAGAAAUUAAGCAACAUCCAUUUUUCGAGGGGGUGAACUGGGCAUUGGUGAGGAGCUCCACACCACCUCAUGUACCUGAACCUGUGGACUUUGCACGAUUCGCUUGCAAGGAAGUUCAUAACCCUGGGAAGAAGGCCACUGAAAAUGGCAGUACUGGUAAUGAUGCGUGUAAGGUCCACACAAAUGAUUCUUCUCAUCUUGAUUUUGAGUAUUUUUGACCGAAUAUUUUGACUAGUUAUAGAAAAAAUAUUAGUAAAAUCAUUGUUAUACAUCCUCGUGAGAGGAUGACUUAUCAAUAGAAUUUAUUUGUGAGAGAUUGAAGGCUGGAUAUUAAAUCAAUGAAAAGGUGCUUGGGCACUUUUGGUU